CCUUCGUUGGACUGGUGAUGAUGCACAGACACUCACACAUACACACUGACUGGCUGACUGACUGACUGGCUGAUUGAUUAACUGACAAGUUGCUGCGGCGUGUUUCUAAGUUGGGCACAGUCACCCGCUCUCUGAUCGCCGCACUGGCAUCACAAUCACUUUAGUCUCAACCACUGCUGGUGGAUGUGUGACACUGUGAGCGAUCUUGUUUUGGUUUCCGUGAAUUGAAUGAGCUAUUCUCUUUUGAAGUGUUGAUUCGGCGCACCGGGAAGGCAACUUGUGCUAAGUAAUUUAGUUUUGCGAAAGGGAGAGGUUUCAUUGGUAGAGGCAGAUGUGGGUGUUUUCCUGGUUGCCAACUGCUCUGCUGUGGUUGUUUCCGUCUGUGCGGUGGUAAUGGGGGUGCGAGUUAGAUCUAGUAAAGAUACAUCCUCCUUCGUAUUGAACAGCGACCUCGGUCUUUGGCAUCCCCGGAAUCAGUGGAAGGGUGGCUAGAGGCCAUGGUUGCUACUGGUCAUUAGCAUGGUGAAAGUUCAAUAGCAAUUUGAUAAUAUUUAACGCAAUUGGCUGUAACUGGUAGAGGUAGACUAGAAGUCGGAUUGAGCUUGGACCGUGACCUCAAUUCUUACCAUUGCAAUGAUAUGUUUAGUUCUUCAUCUUCUGUUGCGGAAGCUUGUAGGUUAGAGUGUGAAUUUCUAGAAACCAGCUGCUUUAAAAGCGCGUUUGUUUGCAAACACAUAGUCAAUUUUUUUAUUUUACUGGGACCUUGAAUCGCAGAGUCAAGCAGGAAUUUCUUUUUGCUUACUGCAAUGCGGCGGCCGUUCACCCAAGUAAAAUAAUAAAGUGCACCAUGUAGUGAUGAUUGAUUUGCCAUCUGAGUGGAAAGUGAUAUCUUAGGUCAGGUUGAGGUUGCGGAGUUCAUCCGAUGAUGUGGAGGUGACCCGUAAUUUCCGACGCUUGAAAAUUAGCUUGGUCUUACGGCAUGGAAGAAAUCAAUAUCCGCAUGCCCCCAGCUCCAGCGCCCCUCUUUUCUGAAGAUAGAACAUCAACUGCAGCCUGCAGUAAAAGAUCUCUAGACAUGGAGCAUAAUGGUCAAGCUCCUAUCGUUCAUGCGCAAGAUGUUAAUCCUUCACGAUUCAGCACUUUCACAUCAUCGCUCAGGCCACGCACUUCGCUAGUACGAAAGUUGAUAGCCGAGGUGAUCAGUACCUUCAUUCUCGUUUUCAUGGGAUGCGGUGCGGCUAUGGUGAACGUCAUUAGCAAUGGCAAAGUGACUCCUGUGGGGAUAUCCCUUUCUUUCGGACUUGUUGUCACAAUAAUGAUCUAUGCGGUCGGCCAUGUUUCGGGUGCUCAUAUGAAUCCCGCCGUAACGCUUGCGUUUGCUGUCGCGAAACACUUCUCCUGGUCCCAGGUUCCACUGUACAUAGCAGCACAGUGUAGCGGAGCCUUCACGGCGUCGUUCUUGUUACGGUGGAUUCUCCAUCCAGCCGCCUCCGAAGGCGCUACGUUACCUGCGGGCAGUGAUUUUCAAUCGUUUCUGAUAGAGAUAGUCAUCACCUUUAUUUUGAUGUUCGUCAUUGCUGCCGUCGCCACGGACACUCGAGCAUGUGGAGAAUUAGCUGGAAUCGCUAUUGGCUCAGCCGUCGCGUUGAAUGCUCUCAUGGCCGGCCCAAUAUCGGGGGCAUCAAUGAAUCCAGCGAGGUCGCUGGGUCCGGCAAUAGCUUCUGGGAACUACAGCUCCAUCUGGGUAUAUUUGGUCGGUCCCAUAAUUGGCUCCGUCAUGGGUAUGCUGGCAUACAAUUGCAUUCGUCUUCCAGAUAAGCAAAUGCAAUGCACCUGCGACAAAGCACCAAAAAGCUUCCAUCGCUGACAUCUUCCCGAAGGCAAACCUCACCAUUUGUCUGAGAACGGAAACAGUGCACGGCCCACACCGAUGGCAGAUUAAGAUGUUGCCGAUGUCUUGCUCCAAUUCGUAGUUUGUACUGCGCUGUGUAAGUUUGUUUGUUUUGCGGAAUAGUUAAAUCUGCUAUGGAAAUUAUCUAACUAUUAUUGAUUUUAUCAUGUCCUACUGAUGUUAAUGCUAGUUUUACCUUGUCAUUUAUGUCGCAAAGAAUAAAAUCUGAUCAUGGGAAUCCUAUGUUUGUUUCUCA